AUGCCGAGGACGAAGUUUUUGUGCGAUGUUUUGGACGAGUCAUUUUAUGAGACUUGUUAUCGAGAUCGCCGCAAUAACGCAUCGAAUCGAGAAUUGACAAAGGCACUUCUUAAAUCCUCUACCCUUUACGUUGGCAAUUUAUCCUUCUACACUCGAGAAGAGCAGAUAUGGGAGCUUUUUAGCAGGGCUGGGGAAGUUCGUCGUGUUAUAAUGGGCCUCCACAGGCUAGACAAGACGCCUUGUGGAUUCUGCUUCGUCGAAUAUGAAGACCGGGAGGGCGCGGAAAUGGCCAUGCGUUACAUCAACCACUGCCGGCUUGAUGACCGAAUUAUACGAACAGAUUGGGAUGCCGGUUUUGUUGAGGGUCGUCAAUUUGGGCGCGGAAGAAGCGGCGGUCAGGUUCGCGAUGAAUUCCGGAAGGAUUACGACGCUGAUAGGGGCGGAUACGGAAAAAUUGUACAAAAGGUGUUGCGAGACUGA